GAUGCCACAGGACUCAAAGCGGUCACGCCCCUUUCAAGCCCCGGAGGGAGCAGACUUUCCUCACAACUUCCUCUCGUUUCAAUUAACAGAUUCCUCCUAAGAUGCCCAUUUAUUAGCUGAUGAAAGCACCCACAGGAAAGCGAGGACGCCGCCAUGUCCCUGGGUGUGCUGGAGAGAGCGUGUGCAAUGAUAUGCCAGGAAACACCAAGACAUGGGGACUGUUUUACACCGUCCAGUGAUUCUACUCUUUCUCUUUUUCUCAUCCGCAUCAAAAGUUUUCGGUUCCAACAUCUGCACAUCACAAGGAGUCACGACUUGUCAGCAGUGCUUGACUGUUCACCCCAGCUGUGCGUGGUGCUCUCAGGAGGAGUAUGGGAAAGGGGGAUCCGGCGUGUCCCGCUGCGACCUGAAGCAGAACCUGCUGGAUGGAGACUGCAGUAUAGCAGCUGUGGAGUUUCCCACCAGCAAACUGAGUACUCAGAAGGACACACCGCUAAGCGACAAGGCCUCGGGCACUGCUGAUGAUGUCACCCAGAUAAGGCCUCAGAAAAUCCAUAUGACACUAAGACCAGGAGAUUCCAAGCAGUUCACCGUGUCAGUGAAACAGGUGGCGGAUUACCCAGUGGACCUCUACUAUCUGAUGGAUCUUUCAUUUUCAAUGAAGGAUGACUUGGCUCGCCUUCGCACCUUGGGCAAUGAUCUUGCCGUGACCAUGGGCCGCAAAACAAGCAACCUCCGCAUGGGGUUUGGAGCCUUUGUGGACAAGACCAUCUCCCCUUACAUGUACAUGUAUCCCCCCGAGGCAGUGGCAAACCCUUGUUAUAGACUUAAUGAAAAAUGCAUGGCUCAAUUCGGGUUCAAGCAUGUGCUGUCACUGACUGAGACGGUGGCUCGCUUCACUGAGGAGGUGGAGAAACAGCAGGUGUCUAGGAAUAGAGAUGCUCCUGAGGGUGGAUUUGAUGCUGUCAUGCAGGCGGUGGUGUGCAAGGACAGGAUUGGCUGGCGUCCGGAUGCCUCGCACCUUUUGGUAUUCACCACUGAUGCCAAAACUCACAUCGCUCUGGAUGGACGUAUAGCUGGGAUUGUCCAGCCCAAUGAUGGAGAGUGUCACCUUGAUAAUGACAACGUUUACAACAAAUCUACUGUGCUGGACUAUCCCUCCUUGGCGCUCAUGACGGAGAAAAUGUCUGAAAACAACAUCAAUUUAAUUUUUGCCGUGACCGACUAUGUGGUGCCGCUUUACCAGGAGUACAGUAAGCUCAUUCCAGGCACAACUGUGGGAACGCUGACCGCUGACUCCGGGAAUGUUAUUGGCCUCAUUGAGAAGGCGUAUGAAGACAUCCGCUCUAAAGUGGAGCUGGAGAUACUGGGACUCCCAGAUGAGUUGCAUCUCUCCUUCAAUGCCUCUUGCCUGAAUGGAGAGGUCAUCCAUGGACUUAAGUCCUGCUCUGGCCUCAAGAUUGGAAACACAGUGUCCUUCAGUGUGGAGGCUAUGUUGCGUGGCUGCCCCAAAGAGAAGAGCCACACUUUUACCAUCAAACCUCGAGGCUUCAAGGAUGCCCUGGAGGUCACGGUGGACUUUGCCUGUGGCUGCGACUGCGAGGCAGAGGCCGAGGCCAACAGCCCCCUCUGUAGCAACGGCAACGGGACCUACGAGUGCGGCGUGUGUCAGUGUCACGAGGGUCGUCUGGGCCCGCAUUGCGAGUGCUCAGUGGGGGACUACAGUCCAUCUGAUGAUGUCAACUGCAUCUCGAAGACGGGGGGUCCAAUCUGCAGCGGGAGAGGCGACUGUUUGUGCGGACAGUGCUCCUGCCAUGCAAAUGAUUUCGGUCAGGUGUUUGGCAAAUACUGCGAAUGUGACGACUUCAACUGCCUGCGCUUCAAAGGGGCACUGUGCUCCGAUCAUGGGAAGUGCAACUGUGGCAUCUGUCAAUGCGAAGCUGGCUGGAAAGGAGACAACUGUAACUGCAGCACACGCGCAGACACCUGCAUGUCUGGCAUCGGCCUGCUGUGCACCGGCCGGGGUACCUGCGAGUGUGGGGUUUGUCAGUGCACCCAACUGGGCGCCGGCGGAGAUAUCUGUGAGAAAUGCCCCACCUGUCCCGGUUCCUGCGCAAUAAAAGAGAAGUGUGUUGAGUGUCAGCACUUCGAGAGAGGACAGUACGCCGAAGACAACAGCUGCAGUAGAAUCUGCAAAAAUGAAAUUAGACUAGUGGAUGAACUAGGUUCCCAUGCUAAAAUUUCCCAUGAUAGAAGUGCAGUGAAUUGCACCUACAAAGAUGAGAAUGACUGCGUGGUGCACUUCCAGUACUACGAAGAUGAAAAUGGCAAAUCCAUUCUAUAUGUGGUGAAAGAGCCAGAGUGUCCUCAGGGUCCAGACGUCUUGGUGGUGCUCUUGGCGACAGCCGGAGCCAUUCUGCUGCUUGGCAUUGUUGGACUGUUCAUCUGGAAGCUGCUGGUCACCAUCCACGACCGCAGAGAGUUCGCCAGGUUUGAGGAGGAGAGAUCCAAAGCCAAAUGGGAUACGGGUAACAAUCCUUUGUAUAAAGGAGCCACCUCCACCUUCACCAAUGUCGCGUACCGUGGAUCCUAAUGCUUGAAUGCAAUUAGGAAAAACUCAGGGGUCAACGACAGAGAUGGAAUGUAGUAGCAGAAAGAAGAUCGUACACUGUAGCUGAAAAGUAGUUAAUGCUGUCAACAACAUGGUGUAAUAAUUGUACAUAUUGUAAAAAUAAAACUGUUAAUGUAAGUCACAGACCUGCUGUUAGGCUUUCUGUUUUUAAACUAUGUCAUGUAGUUUUAGUCCUGUACAUGCCGUCAGAUAGGAGUUAAUGCACAUAAACCACUAUACUUCAAAGGGAACGACUGCUGAAAGUCACUUUGUGAUAUUUUAGGAGUCUCUUCUACCGCUUUAAGACUCACAUUUUAAAAUAGAAAUAGGAGUCACCAUGACCUAAUAGUCUUCACUGUCUUCCACCAUGUGUGAUGAUGUAUUAUGUACACCUAAGCUGUGUUUUUGAAAAUGUUGUAAUUUGCUCUUUCAGAGUGCAGCUGUUUUAAAGGGAUAGUUCAGGUGUUUUGAAGUGGAGUUGUAUGAGGUACUUAUCCAUAGUCAGUGUAUGACGGUCGACACGUCCCCAGUUUGGAGAAGCAGACAGGAGUUACUGCACGGGAGCAAA